UUCUUCCUCAUGCCCGUGAAGGAUGAAGGGGACCCAGAUUAUCGACAACGCGAAGAAAAAGACGGAAUGACCCCCGCGGAGAGAAAAACUGUCAAUGAAUUUUUGAAAAAACACGGUUUGGAUAAGAAAGAAGCAAAUAAAAAACAAAAAACGGGGGCGAUAAUUCGCCUUUCACCACGUUUAAAAAGUUUUUUGCGAAAAAAAUUUGACUUUCCGCCUGCACUUAAUGAUUAUUUGGAUUAUAGCAAAACUGAUUCCGAGGGAGAUAGCAAUUAUUAUUACCGACUUGAUGGCGAACAUGGAUUAGAGCAAGAAAAACCGAAAAAGUGUAAAAGUUGUGGAGAACUAACUUUGGAGGAAGAGGGUCCAACAGUUGGUAAAGAAUUUGGUCAAGACUCAAAAGUUAUUGGUUAUUUCCACCCCAAUUGUGCCAAAAAAUAUUUUGUGGACAAAGAACAAACAAGCGAAAAUAAUAUUCGGAUAAAAGAAAAAUUGCUUCGUAAUUUAGAUAAAAUAUCUCUUAACCCCAUUGGCUAUUUGGCUAAUGCUGAGAUAGUAAAAGGUGAUAUCGAAAAAGAUUAUUACAAAGGUGAUGCUAAUUCAGAAUCAAUAAAUGCCAAAAUCCACAAAGUAGAAAUUGAGGGUGAGGAAAUGGAUUUAGUAAAGUUGGAGUGA